AUGUUGCAGUGUGCAUGGAUUUCCACUUUAUAUUUUAUAGCUUAUGUUUUUGCAAUGGAUCAGUUGGGUAUGAGUACUGAUGAAGCUAACUGGGCCCACAAACUGGGAAAGCUGGAAAAAUUCUCUCAGAGCAAUGAUAUUUCAUGGCCAGAAACUCAGUCUCAAUCCCAUGUAGUUGCUGAAGCGUUUGCGAAACGACGACUCCCGCUACGACAGAAACGAAACCUUCUGUCCAGUGGAGUGCAGCUCUGUUCCCGGGAGACUAUACAACAAGCAACAGCUAGCCAUCUCAAAUAUUACCAGCUGAGAGUCUGUCAGGAGGCAAUAUGGGAAGCUUUCAAGAUUUUCCUGGAUCGCCUACCUGUAGAGGAGGAAUAUCAGCAAUGGAUGAACCAGUGCCAGACCGGGACAAUCUGUGCAACCGAGAUUGGUGUUACAAUCAGCCAAUCAGAGGAACAUCUUGCUCUGGCUCACACUUGGAGGCUUGUUCAAACUGGACGGAAAAAUGAUACAAAUAAGAGCCAUGUGUACAGGUCACAAUGUGAGUCAUCCAAAAAGAAUUACAUCAGCCCUUCAGACGGUUCAGUGGAUAAACUGACAACGGAGAUCAUUUCAGACAUGACGCUGACAACCCUUGAUGAAAUAGGCCUGGAAUCAUGGAAAGGUUCAACAACUUCAUCUGGCACCAUAGAUUUGGAAGAGCACAAGGAGGUCAAAAAUUAUAUGGAGCCUACGGCUGUGACAAUACAUCCAACAGUGGAGCGUAGAUUGAGAUUUACUGGGAUGCUGAAAGGAGAGCGAUGGAGAGUAGAACUCUCAGACCCAAGCAGCAACCAAUAUUACAAACUGUCUCAGCAUUUCAGUGAGAAGGUUGCAGCUGCACUUGAGAAGCUGAAUGAAUUUAACAGCAUUUCUGUACUGGACUUCAGGCCUCAGUCAGAGCUGUCUGGUGAAAAGACUGUACUGGUUCACUACAUAGUGUCCCUUCAGACAAGGGGACAGGAGAUCAGCAAUGAAACCAUGGACUUUAUUAACUGGCAGUUGAACAUGGUGGAGGGAAACUUUAGUUAUUCAGAACAAACUACUGAUCUUUAUACCUUUACUGACCUGCCUUCACAUGAAUCCAUCGCUGAGGCCGUGCUUGAAGAAACAUCUCAUGAUGACAUGCAACCUACAAAGAGACCACAACAACCUGGGAUAAGGUAUGAGAGACAAACUACGACAACAACACAAGAUUUUCUUAAGGAGGAAGAAGAAGAAGGAUCCAGUUUAUAUGAGGAAGUUGUCGGAGUAAUUGUUGGGACUACACAACCACAUCCCACUGAGCAGGUCAGCACCUCGGAAGAUACUAAGGUGAAGGAAGACUUGCUUCUAUACAGUGCUAUGGAAACUCAAACUCUUCCUGGUAUGACUCCCACAGUGGCCUUCAAACAAAUUACUGGUUCCACAGAUGCUGUUUCUGGUGAUGAGGCUUAUCAAAAAGAGGAAGUUCUUGAAAAUGAUCUGUCCGAAGGUAGCAGGAAAAACACUGGAAAAAUUGAUGAAGAUACGCCUGUUUUAACUGACAGACCUCUUUUAUUGGAUGACGAGUUUUCCAUCUUUACCGGUAAAACUGAUCAUACAGAGGAAGGUCUGGCAUCAUUUGGUCCCAUACCAGCCAUAGAAACAAGAGAAUCAGCAGAGGCAAAAGACCACCCGCAUACAGAGACCACCAUAAGAGAACAAAUAUCUUUAAAGGAGGAGGAGCUUGUGACUCAUCCCCAAAAAGAGAGGGAUGUAGAAGGGGAAACUAAGGUUUUUACACAAACAGAACUGAAGAUUAUGCAAGCAACUGAGGCCUCUGGAGAAAUACAGACAGCUGUUACUCUUGCAGGCAAAAAAGAAUUUGACAGUUUCGAAGUUACAGCAAAAGAAGCAGAGAAAGUUGAAAGAGAAGAUUUUAAAGUUUCCAUAGUGAUGGAAGAAGAUGAGUAUAAGCUUGCUGUAGAAACAGUUUCUCCAGCUAUUCAGAUUCCACAAGAGGAGGUCAUCACACAACCUAAUCCUGUUCAUCCCAUACAUCUGUCUCCUGAUAAAGAGUUUGUUCCUACCAUGUCCAGGGAAGUUAUUAUUCCUGAGAAAGAGUCUGUUUAUAUAACAGCUGGAAAGAAAGAGAGGAGUGAAAUUAGCAUCGCUAUGCCUACCAGCCCUGGACGUGCUCUGAUAGUGUUCUUUAGUCUUCGAGUGACCAACAUGAUGUUCUCAGAAGAUUUGUUUAAUAAAAGUUCUCCAGAGUACAAAGCCCUGGAACAGAGGUUCCUUGAGUUGCUGGUUCCAUACUUACAGUCAAACCUCAGUGACUUUCAGAAUCUGGAGAUACUAAACUUUAGGAAUGGCAGCAUUGUCGUGAACAGCCGCAUGAAGUUCCUGAAGCCAGUUCCUCAAGGUGUCACCACAGCUGUCUACCUGAUCCUCGAGGACUUCUGUAACACAGCGUACCAGACCAUGAAUCUGGCCAUAGACAAAUACUCACUAGAUGUGGAGUCAGGUGAUCAGGCAGACCCAUGUAAAUUCCAGUCAUGUAAUGAGUUCGCGGAGUGUACAGUGAACCGCUGGUCCAGUGAGGCAGAGUGUGUGUGUAAGCCAGGGUACUUCAGCGUUGAUGGCUUGCCCUGCCAGAGCAUUUGUGAAAUCCAGCCCGAUUUUUGCCAAAACGAUGGGAAGUGUGACAUAGUUCCAGGUCGAGGAGCCAUCUGCAGGUGUCGUGUAGGGGAGAACUGGUGGUACAGAGGAGAGCAGUGUGAGGAGUAUGUGUCAGAGCCACUGGUUGUAGGGAUUGCCAUAGCGUCCGUGGCCGGCUUCCUGCUGGUGGCCUCAGGAGUCAUCUUCUUCCUGGCUCGGGCUCUGAGAAAACAGGAUGAAGAUGACCUGCAGAACACUGUGAGGUAAAGAGACAGUGUUGCUUCACUGGAAUGGGCGACUAAGUACAAUCCCAUGUAUGAGAGUGAAGUGACGGCGGGUUACAGUCAUUACUACCGGCGAUAUUCUGAGCCUCCGAUCCACAGCAGUGCCAGUGCCGAGGCCUCCACAGACUUCAGCAGCGAUGAGAUCCAGCAUAUCUAUGAGACCAGUCAACUCACUAAAGAGGAGAUUCAGGACCGGAUUCGCAUUAUUGAGCUUUAUGCUAAAGAUCGUCAGUUUGUGAAUUUUGUGAGACAGCAUCAAGCUGUGGCAGAUAUUCAGAGUGAGAGUUCAUCAACAUGAAAAGGACAUACACCUACUAUCCGGCUACACAAAACAAGGAACAUUUGAAGAAUCCUUGAAGAACAGGUUUCUAGUUGUCUCUCCUACCUCCAGGAUAUCACAUGGUUCUUAAUAAUUAGGAUAUGAGAGGCUUGCUUCCUAAUCAGUGCCUUAUUGAUUGGGCUGUGAUAAGGAUUAAUUACUGAGCCA